AUGAUCAACACAUGGCUUCUUUACCAGCACGACUGUGAGGCACAGGGAAUCACUGGAUCAAAAGUACUCAAACGUCGCAAGUUUCAGGUUUUUCCAGAGAACACAUCCUCCUAUGACUUUGGACUGGAGACUCCCUGUGAGCCUGAGUCAGUGAGUAACUUUGCAAAAGUGUUUUUACCAGUUCUCUACUUUUUGGUCUUCAUCCUUGGUUUUGUAGGCAAUGGUCUGGUGGUGUGUGUCGUGCUGAAAUACUUACACAGGUCCAACCUGACAGACCUGUGUCUGUUGAACCUGGCUGUGUCUGACCUGCUGUUCCUCCUCACUCUGCCUCUGUACGCUCACUACAGCGCUGUGUCCCAUUGGGUCUUUGGAGACUUCAUGUGUCACAUCAGCGGAGGACUGCACAAUGUGGGCUUCUACAGCAGCACCUUCUUCAUGGUGGCCAUGACUCUGGAUCGAUAUGUGCUCAUUCAACAUGUGCAGAAAGCCUCCAAAUACCGUUCUAUGAAAACUGGGAUGGUUAUGACCACAUGUGUGUGGGCUCUGAGCUUCUGCAUAUCACUGCCAGCCUUUAUCUUCACACAAGUGGUAAUCACAUCAGAACGUGUUACUUGUGAACAAAGCCCAGAAGACAGAACUUGGAUUAAAUAUAACAUCUUUUCCAUCAAUAUCCUGGGUCUUGUGCUUCCUGUUACUGUGAUGGUGGUGUGUUACUCCAGGAUCAUCCCUACUCUGAUGAAAAUAAGGAGUACACAGAAACGCCGCAUUGUCAAGCUCAUCAUCUGCAUCAUGGUGGCAUUCUUUCUUUUCUGGGCUCCGUAUAACAUUACUUUAUUUCUGGAUUUCUUGCGAUUUGAAGAUACACUGAUAGACAGCUGUGAACUGGACACAAACCUUAUACUCUCCACCACAGUGACAGAGACUCUGGCCUUCAGCCACUGCUGUCUGAACCCCAUCAUCUACGCCUUUGCAGGGCAGAAGUUCAUGAAGCGCUCCCUGAUGAUGUUGAGGAAGCUGCGGUCGUGGACCCACACCAGCAGAGACAGGUCCGACAGUUCAUUCAGAAUGAGUUCAGUAGUGUCCCAGACCUCAGUCACUGUCUUGUGA